UGGUUCUUUGAGCUUUGUUAUUGUCAUGUUUUCUCUGAUACUCCAUGGAAGAAGGUCUGUGGAAUUGCAGAAAUGGCGUAGCUUAAGAGUUACUACAGUGAGCAUUGUGCAAAAUGUAUUCGCUUUUACCAACUCGUUCUCCACUCCAAUAGCUAAGGAUGUGAGUCCUCAAGGGAGUAGUAAUUUUACUGUAUCGUAUCUGGUUGAUACAUUGGGUUUAACUACAAGACUAGCUGAAUCGAUCUCAAGGAAGGUCAGCUUUAAGGACAAGGUAAAUGCGGAUUCAGUUCUGAAGCUUCUUAGAAGUAAUGGGUUUAAAGAUUCUCAGGUCUCCAUGAUUAUUAGGACUUACCCACAAUUGCUUGUUACAGAUGCUGAGAAAUCUCUUCUUCCUAAGCUCCAGAUUCUGCAGUCUAGAGGAGCUUCAAGAUCUGAGGUAACAGAGAUUGUUUCGAUUGUUCCGGCAAUCCUGGGGAAGAAAGGGGAGAAAUCUAUUAGCUUAUACUAUGAUUUUGUCAAGGACAUUAUGCAAGAUGGUAAGAGUUCCAAGUGUGAAAAGUUGUGUCAUUCUUGGCCAGAGGGUAAGAGCAAGAACAAGAUCCGAAAUAUAUCUCUUUUAAGAGAAUUGGGAGUGCCUCACAAGUUGUUAUUUUCAUUGCUCAUCAGUAAUUCUCAACCUGUUUAUGGUAAAGAGAGAUUUGAAGAAACACUCAAGAAAGUUGUUGAUAUGGGUUUUGAUCCGGCCAAAUCAAAAUUUGUGGAAGCUUUGCGUGUCGUCUACGAAAUGAGCGAUAAAACCAUAGAAGAGAAAGUAAAUGUCUAUAAAGGGUUAGGCUUUAGUGAAGCAGAGGUAUGGGCAAUUUUCAAGAAGUGGCCUUUCUUUUUGAAAUUCUCGGAGAAGAAGAUUACUCAGAUGUUUGAAACACUUAAGAAGUGUGGUCUGUUGGAGAAAGAGGUCCUUUCGGUGUUGAAGACUCGUCCACAAUGCAUACGAGCUUCAGAGCAGAAGAUAUUGGACUCUAUUCAAACGUUUCUAGACUUGGGAUUCAGCAGAGAUGAGUUCAGGAUGAUGGUUAAGCGAUAUCCCCACUGCACUGGAUAUUCAGCAGCGCUGGUGAAGAAGAAGUUUGACUUUUUAGUGAAGAAGAUGAAUUGGCCACUAGAGGCUGUGGUUUUGAUUCCUGCGGUACUUGGAUAUAGCCUGGAGAAAAGGAUUAUGCCAAGGUGUAAUGUAAUCAAAGCUCUCAUGUCGAAAAGAUUGAUCGGAAGUGAAAACCCUCCGAUUUCAUCAGUCUUGGUAUGUACUGAUCAGGAGUUCUUGAACAGAUACGUGAUGAAGCAUAACGAGCUAGUUCCUAAGCUGAUGGCUAUCUUCACGAGAUAUCAGGUUUCAUAGUUUUGUUUUCAUGUACGAGUCUGUAUCUGAAACCCAUUUUUGUAGUCUCAAUUGGACGUGGAUCUGACUGGUUUUUAAAAUACAAUCCUAUUGGGGAAA